UAACUAAGUUAUAAGCGUUUGAUCGAUAUUCCCUGUUACAGUUAGAUGGAGUUUAGAUGUGUCUGGUUCGUUGACAUGAAGAAAUGGGGUUGUUGAGCAACACCGGGCUGCUUGCUUCUGUGCCACAGAAGUCUACAGAAGCUUCUAGAAACACACAACAGAGUUCAUUGGAGCUAAAAUGCUCAGUGACGCCAGCGCCAUUCAUGCUGCGCCCAUACGCGGGGCUUUACAAUCCUUUUUCGCACGGAUGUUCCGUUCUUUGCAACCACCCGGCUGAUACCGAAGCUAAGGAAUUUGUGAGACGCGCUAAGGACUCUUGGCUGCUGGAGGGCAGAACACAUUGCUUCGGCGAGGACCUGAGUAAAAUACAAGAUCUGAAUGGCCCGGACAAGGAUAAGAUCCGAACUCCUCAUGACAUCGUCACUGAGGACAUGUUUAGAAGAUAUACGGAGACGGAUUCGCGUCCACUGACGCCGGCUCCUACCCUCGCCAGUGGCAAGUCCAGAGGCUCUAGAAGAUGUCUCACUCCCGACCAAUCCCACCACAGAACCACCAUUGUUUUAGACCUGAGGAGGAGUCACAGCCAGGAAACGUUGUACUACCACGGCUACACAACUUCAGACAUGACAGCCGGCCACGGCACAAGCGCCACCAACGACCGUUCCCUCCCAUCCCUCAGCCUUUCAGAGGGCGCUCACAGUCGUCUAAUAAAAGGACAAUGUGAACAGCUACCUCCAUUGGCAUCGCCAUUGGUCCUGUCCAAGCGAGCUCCUAUCAUUAAAGAGACAGAUGCUAGCCGGGAAAAUAAAAAGAACCAGCUGAAAGCCCUAAAGCUAGGGAAGGUGAUUAAGAGUAAGAACAAAGCUGACGCGGCGCCUGCGUCACAGCGGUCCAAGUCUGAGAAGAACGACGGGAGCGAAACUCUUCGGGGCACUUUAGAUGGCUCUGGAGACGGGGAGAUACGGAGGCGAGGCAAGAAGCAUCGAAAGCGUCCCACCGGCAGCGACCGACUGACGUCCGCCGGACUCGCGGCGCAAACGCAGCAGGAUCCAGAAACACAGAUCGCUGGCAUCGGCACAGACUCCCAAAACCCAAGUUCCCGGGGCUCUAUAGCACCGGUGGACGAUGACGUCAUAGUGCUACCAGUGAUCAAGCAGGCUGCGACCAAGAAAACUGACUCCUUCUUGGAUGAUGACAUUCUGAAGUAUCUUCAUAGGGAGGUCGAUGAAGAGGCUAUUGAGACUGAGUUUGAUACUAAGCGUCGUUACGUCCUAGAAGAAGCCCUGCGUACGCGACCAGAGCGAACUCCAGGUCAAGAGAUGCAGACGCUACUAAAAGAGCUAAAAGUCCCAGCUGUCAGUCUGGGCGAUUGGCUACACAUUCCGAGGGUCUUCUCACGGCAAAGCGCGCAGUUCUCACUGCCCAUCGACUCUAAUGAGCUGGAGAAUAUAACACCAAUGCAGUACGCGGCGCGAUUCGUGAGCCUGAAGAAAUCCAAGCAGUUAUUGUACCUGACGGUUCUUAGGAGGUUCAGGCCCGAUGGCUACAAGAUGCCAAUACAGGAUAUAGGAGCCGGCCUGACGCUCAUGAUGGGAGGCAUCCUUUCCACGACCCAAGUUGAGCAGUUCCGCUCCAUCAUGCAGUGGACAGGAUACGUAGAGGAAGAUAUUCCCGAUGAAAUCAAGCUAACUCUGGAAGGAUAUAGGGAGCGAAGCGCGUCCAAGGAUAGUGAAGAGUCAGACGCCAACACACUGAAGUACCGCACCUGGUGCGGCCUGUGUGCCAUCUGCGAGCGAAUGUACGGCAGGUUCCCGCCGAGAGACAAGGACCCACCCGACGGGAUGGAGCUAAGUGACUUCACCAUGGUGGAGACGAAGUUAGCCAUGCUGAAAGUAAAUCCUGGUUUGAUAGAGGUCCUGAAUACUAUCAGGGUACGGUAACUUGUACAUUUUAAAAAUAUACAUUUGUAA